UUUGAAUUGUCAAAUACAAAACUUGUGUUCUGGGACCUGGGAGGUCAGUCCGGUCUUCAUUCAAUUUGGGAGAAAUAUUAUGAAGAGGCACAUGCUGUGGUAUAUGUAAUUGACGCUUCUUGCCCAUCAUGUUUUGAAGAUUCAAAAUCAGCACUGGAAAAAAUUCUCCGGCAUGAGGAUUUGCAAGGAGCUCCUCUUUUAAUAUUAGCAAACAAGCAGCUCUUUGUUAUGCAAAUAUUGAAAGGCAGCAAGCAACCUCACCAUCUGUUAUCGUCAAAGGUGCCGGUAUGGCAGGCAGUGCAGCUGCUCGUGCUCUUCAUGAUGCCUCAUUUCGGAUGUUCAAAAGAGAAAAUUUGAUUAUGAUGCAUAUCAUUUUUAUACCCCAUGCUUGUUAUUGUGUCUACACUUGACAUGACUAGCUGGUCCAACACUUGUGGGGCAUUUGUAGAUGCUUCUUUCUUGUUGCCAAGGAAAAGUGUAUGAUGCAUUUUUAGUUAAAUUUGUUGGAGACCAUGAUAUACAUUAUGAAUCCAAAUCUUAACAACUUGCACUUCUAGAAAA